GUGAUCACUCACGCCUCUUGUCCCACAUCUCAUGUUCAUGACAGUUGAAUUAAACUUGCGUCAGCAACCUUGCCUCUCGGCUUCCGGCAAGCAUCUCGUGCAUGUUCCAACGGUCGCAAGAGCUUGACCGAUCCAAGUGCAAACCUUGAAUCAGCGCGCGUCCAAACGCGACUUCGGUUUACACCAACCCUCAGGAGCCUUCUGAGAUGACUGUGCGAUCGAACUCGGCAAUCUCUUGCUCUUGCUGUUCGUGAGUUGGACAUGGCCCAGAAUGACAGAGGAUAUCCCAACGUCAGCUCGGUCGACGCCACUCUCCGCGCAUUGACGGACCGCCCCAAUGUUCAGUCAACACUCAUACUUUCUAAAAGAGAUGGUUCCAUCAUUCGGGCAACGGGCUUGAUCGUAUCAGGGAAACACUCGGUGCCCCGCGCAGGCCAAACAUCUAGGUGGACCAGCGGCCCCGGCCCCAGUGUGACACAAGACUCUGGAGCUGGCGAGGGCGGCGACCACGCUGCUGACGGUCAAGAGCAGGGUGAAGAGUCUAAACACCAGGUCACACCGGCUGAGGUGUUGGCCUCAGCCAUCUUCCAAUUUGCCAAAAACGCAUCAACCGUCGGAGCGGUAUUGGGGGGAAUAUCUCGAGAAGCGGACAAGACAUCUGGUGGGAUCUACGGAGAUGGGUCGGCCUCGAUGCAGGAAGUAGCAGGCGAGGACGAGUCACACAAAGUCAGGGAGGACGAGGUUCAAUUGCUCAGGCUACGGACCAAGAAUCAGGAAAUCAUAAUUUUCCCCGACCCCAACUACAUUUGCUGUGUGGUACAGAGAAUGGGCAAGGUUGGAAGUGCUACGGAUGGAAAAUAAAACAAUGGAAUGGCAGCAAAUUAGAGGCUGGGGAGAGAGUGUGCAACAUCCAGCAAGCAACAGGGGGCCACAAUGAGACUCAUGGAGACACCCAUGUCCCUAACAUAUUAUUGCGUUAUUGUGUGCUUCGAGUGUGGAAUGGCGAACGUGGUCACCUGCCUAUUUUGACCACUGCCACAUUGCAUUUUGUGUUGUGGCCGGAGCACAGAUAAGAAUCAUGAGAUGCAGCCUCAAUUGGUGUGAAUCAUCCAUCAACUGAUUGUAACUCGGACUCCAGAUGCCUCAGUGCCGUGCUCAGGAAUCAUGCUGGAGUCAAUGUGAAUGGACAAUGACCCGGAUGUUAUCUACACAUCGGACAAGUUUGGGUUCAUGCGCUCAUGCGCUCGCUUGCCCCAGAUUCUUUAUCGCCA